AUGGGAGUUGUAGUUUUUAUUUUGUUUUGGCUGGAGCCACAGCAAGACAAGUUCGAGUCACUUUAUUCCCUGCAUCCUCGAGGUCCUGCUGCCACACUGAGAUCGCCUGUGCCAAGACCUGGCACUCACAUUUCUCUCUUAGGUUCCUCCCCAUUUAAAACAGCUAAACUGGAUAUGGGUGAGUGGGACUUCCUUGGCCGGCUGCUAGAUAAAGUGCAGUCCCAUUCCACGGUGAUUGGGAAAAUCUGGCUGACUGUCCUUUUCGUCUUCCGCAUCCUGGUCCUAGGGGCCGGCGCAGAGAAGGUCUGGGGCGAUGAGCAGUCGGACUUUGUCUGCAACACGGAACAGCCGGGCUGCGAGAAUGUGUGCUAUGACGACGCCUUCCCCAUCUCGCAUGUGCGCUUCUGGGUGCUGCAGAUCCUGUCCGUCUCCACGCCCACGCUGGUCUACCUCGGCCACGUGCUGCACGUGGUCCACAUUGAGAAGAAGGUCCGCGCCCAGAUGAGCAAGCAGAUCCCAGAUCAGCAGAUGAACAUGUUCCUCAUGAAGAGCUACAAGGUGCCCAAGUACAGCAAGGACGACGGGAAGGUGAGCAUCCGCGGACGCCUCCUGAGGAGCUACAUCAUCAGCCUUUUCAUCAAGAUCCUGCUGGAGGUGGCCUUCAUCCUGGGCCAAUACUACCUUUACGGCUUCACCCUAGAUGCCCGCUAUGUCUGCAGCAAGUCCCCCUGCCCGCAUCAGGUGGACUGCUUCCUGUCCAGGCCCACAGAGAAGUCCGUCUUCAUCUGGUUCAUGCUGGUGGUGGCCUGCGUUUCGCUGCUUCUCAACGUGGUCGAGAUGGGCUACCUGACCGUCAAGAAGGUCAAGGAGUGUUUGAACCGGCGGCAGGACUACACGGUCACGCCUAUCACUCCAGUUUUGGAGCACCGGGAUUUCAAGGCCAAGGACGAGGUGAUCGAGAACUGGCCGAACAGGGAGGGGGAGCCGCAGAAGAAGGAGCAGGUGACCAGGAGUGUGGCGUCUGAGGACAACAGCGCUAACAUGGAGGAGGUACACAUCUGAUCCAGCCUGCAACCAGGGCAGCCUCUGCAAACACAGGGAUCUCCCAUGCACCCUGGCCAGUGUAAACAUUGGCUGAGAGGGGUCGCGUGUCUGGCUUGAGUGUGUCCAGGGGUAAUGCCUCAGUGGCUUACAGUAGAUUGUAAACAUAAGCCUUUUUGGUUUUGUAGCAGCUAGGAUUGCAUAACAGCAGACAUAACUGUUUUUUCUUUUUUUUUCUUUAGUUUUGUCCUUAGAUAGAUUUGUGUGCGGAAUCUUGUGUGAUGUAUUAUUUUCAAAUAAAAUUCACGUAUUUGAUUGACUAUGAACCUUGAGUGUGUGAUUUCACUUGAAACCUUCAUAGGCUGUGCAAGUGUUAUUAUAGGGACUCUUCGUUCGUUACAGAGUCUGUUAAAGCACCCUGAAUAGUGACAAGACUUUCGAAGGACAUGAGUGAACCUCUGUACAGCACAGAGCACAUAAUUACUAAUCCAAAGGUGCUGAAGUGAGUGACAGCUUGCUUAACCAAUGCUUGCGGCCCAAAACUCAUAAAUGACAUUCAUUUUUCUGUUAUCCUGCUGAGAUAGAGAGUAUAGAUAAAUACCAGUGGUUUGGCUUUAU